AUGCCGAGCAAGGCCUUGGACAUCAUCAACGAUAAGAAGGUUCCAGCGGGUGCCAGGAUCGUUCCCCUGAGCAGCGACCUUUGCACACCGACUUUCAAGGACAUGGCUGUUCCAAGCGCAUUCUUCAUUGGUGAUUGCUUGCUGAGAUUGGACAAUGAGUUGAAGGGGGCAUUCCUCAUGCCGGACCAGGAUGAGGUGCCAUGGACUGCUCCAGAUGAUGAGACCUUGAAGAAGAACAAGCAAUACUGGGACAGGUUCCGGGUGCCCAAGCCUGGGGUUGCGCGUUCCGAUGGAGCUACGUCAACAGAGGUUCAGCCACCAACUGCGCGUGAGUGCAGUCCGACUUCAGAUUCAGAUGAGUCUGAGUCAGGUGCUUCUAUCUUUCGGCCUCCGCCGCCUCCUACACGCCAGGAUGAGUCAAGCGAUGGAGAGUCCGAGCCUGCAGAUGCUUUGCCUGCAUACCCCUCUGUUGCAAGCGACGACGCUGAUGGCGCUGUCGCUCCUGGGGGUUCAGACCAUGAUAUGGGCAAUGGUGAGGAUGAGAGUGAGGACUCGUACGAUUCUGACACAUCCAUGGCUGGCACUGCUGUGCCGAGCUGGGUUGAGGCCAGUCCGAGCAAGAAGUCUGAGUAUUCCUACUUCUCAGAUGGCGAGGCCAAGCGACCAGAGACCGUCCUUCAGCGGAAGCUGGAUCGCUCCAAAGAAGACUUGAGUCCACGCAAUGAGACCGAUUCUGCAGAGGAUGGCGACAGCUCUUCCAAUGGCAUGAGCCACUUGGAUUUCCUGGCCAAGCAAUUUGAAGCCAAAUCCAUGAGGGCUCACGCCACCGCGUGCUCUGUCGCCGAAACGUCCAUGAAGACACCAGACAGUGAUCGGCCAGGCUUCCGGGGUUUUCCUGCUUUGGUCCGUGGGCCAAGUCGAGCAACUCCGCCUGCUUCUUUCAAAAGGACCGGGAAUAGUACGGGUGUCAAAUCCACCAUCAACAAGCCCUUUCCAAAGUCCACUUCAAAGAAGGGUUCAGAGGGCGGCGGGAAGGGCAAGGUGAAGGCAAACUCGAUGUACAAAGAUUAUGACAUUUCGUUCUUGCCACGGGAAGCCUUUCCGGACUUUGACAGGUCCAACCAAGGCAAGCACUCGUGCACGAUUAGUUCCGGGGGCGCUACUGUGGAAGUUUUGUUGCAAAAGCAAGCUUUCUUUGUCAAGAAGUGCGCAGAAGGCGCACCGGGCCCGGCAGGGCAAGUCACGUGGGGGAAGUUUGGUGGAGCAAGGGAUGCUUGGCAGACUGUGAAAACACGGUCUGGCUUCGAGCGUUUUGCUGGUGCGUGA